GUAACGGUAGAACUUCCUCACGUAGGCGAAUCGGUGGUCGAGGGCACCAUCGGCAAAUGGCUGAAACAGCCGGGCGACUCCAUACGCCGCUUCGAGCCAUUGGUGGAGGUCGUAACAGACAAGGUGACCAUGGAGGUGCCGUCCCCCGUCGAGGGUGAGCUUCUGCGCAUCCUAGCCGCCGAGGGAGAUACCCUCCCUAUGGGCACACCCAUCGCCGAGGUAGGAGAACCCGGGGAGACUCCGUCUGCGCCGCCGCCUGCACCUGCGGUCGCCCCCGCAGCCGUGGCUCCAAUAGCUUCCGCGCAGUCCGUUUCCCCCGUUGACGCCAGUCGCCCUCGCCUCUCGCCCGCGGUGCGAAGGCUCGCCCGCGAGAACUCGGUUGACCUGACCCAGCUCCACGGCACCGGCCUCGGCGGUCGCAUCACCCGCGACGACGUUCUGCGCUACCUGGCGGAACCCAGCCCUGCCCCGGCUCCUGCCUCCGCUGCCGCCAUACCCACUGCCGCUCCCGCACCCUCGGUCGAGCCCGGACCCGACGAUGAGCGGGUGCCCCUGACACCGGUGCGUCGGAUGAUCGCCGAAGCGAUGGUCCGCAGUGUCACCGAAAUCCCGCACGCCUGGAGCAUCAAGGAAGUCGACGUCACCGGCCUGGUGGCCCUUCGUCAGAGCGUUCGGUCUGACUUCGAGCGCCAGGAGGGCGUUUCCCUCACCUACAUGCCUUUCGUUAUUCAGGCGGUCGUGGAAGCCUUGCGCAAGGUGCCAUCGAUGAACGCCACCUGGGGUGGCGACUCGAUAAUCCUGAAACGGCGCAUCAACCUUGGCCUCGCGGUGGCCGCACCCAACGGUCUGAUCGUCCCGGUGGUCCACAACGCCGACCGCCUCAACAUCGCCGGACUGGCCCACGCCGUGCAGGACAUCACCGAGCGCGCCCGCAUCAACCGCUUGGCCGUCGGGGACGUCCAGGGUGGGACAUUCACGCUGAACAACACUGGCGCCCUUGGGGGAUCGCUGGUCUCUGGCCCCAUCAUCAACUACCCGCAGGCGGGCAUCAUAACCACCGAGACUAUCGAAAAGCGUGCCGUGGUCAGAAACGACGCCAUCGCCAUCCGCUCCAUGAUGAACAUCUGCCUGUCCUUCGACCAUCGCAUCAACGACGGAGCGGAGGCCAGCGCAUUCCUGGAGACGGUCAAGACCCGCCUGGAGUCAUUCGGCCCAGACUCGCCCGUCUACUAG